CAAACACUCUCGCACAGUCCAACUGGGGAUUUCCACCCAAGAGCUUGUUUCCUUCACUUGUUUUGCUUUCGAUCCGAAGAGCGAAAUCAAACCCAGUUGACUUUUCCUUUUGAUAUCGAGAGCCACAUAUUGUCAAGAAACUUCAAAGACUCCUUUGCUGUUUAAUUCCUAAAGUGAUUGGCACGCACUGCAGGCCAGCAUGCCGGUGGAGCGAAUGCGUAUGAGACCGUGGUUGGAAGAGCAGAUAAACUCGUGUCAAAUUCCGGGGCUCAGAUGGGUCAACAAGGAGAAGAGAAUAUUCCAGAUUCCAUGGAUGCAUGCUGCACGGCAUGGAUGGGACGUGGAGAAAGAUGCUCCUCUUUUCCGAAACUGGGCCAUACAUACAGGGAAAUACCAACCUGGUGACAAACCGGACCCUAAAACAUGGAAGGCGAACUUCCGUUGUGCGAUGAACUCUCUGCCUGACAUUGAGGAGGUGAAAGACAAAAGCAUCAAAAAGGGAACAAAUGCUUUCAGGGUGUACAAGAUGCUGUCAGCGUCCGAAAGGCAGUCAAAGAGAGGGAAAAAGAGGGCAUUUGAAAAAGAAGAAAAGAUAAAGGCGGUGGAACCGUGCCCUGCGCCCUCAGGCUGGGAAAAUAGUAAUGGCUUUUCAGCCUGUUUAAUCCCAGUAACAGUCAAGGAGGAGGCAGACUGCUCUGGUACAGAAUUUGGUGGGCAGAGCCCUGCAGACGAUCACUUGAUCAUCAACGAUCUGCCCGAUGUGUGUCAGACCAUUGAGGUGGUGACGGAAAACGAGCAGGCCGUGACCUCUAGCGACCCUUACCCCUUACAGAUCUCCCCUGUCUCCUCGUAUGGAGCAGAGAGCGAUACAGACAGCGUCCAAAGUGAGGAAGACUCCAAAGAGCAUGUUCAGACCUUACUGUUUGGACAUGAAGAUAUGAAGCCGCCAGUUAUGAGGAUGUCUCUGCCCAGCAUGUCUUCUUUCAUCUCCUCUGAAAAACCCAACUUCAAGAUAACCACUGUCCAAGACCAAGUGCCUUCAUCCUUACACUCCCCUUUCACAGUUGGGACUCCAUGGAACAUCCUAAACACAUCUUUCCCCCCAUCUCACACCCCAGGACCUUCUGAUCAGCCCCCUGUCCAUGAGAAACGAGCCAGUGUGAUAAUGAAAACCUCAGAUGUGUCCAAAUCAUCCGUUAAGAGCUGCUGAUGAUAUCUGCAUUGUGACACAAUGUCUAGCUGGACUUGACCAAGGCGUGGAGAACACUAUUGUUGCCUUUGAUAAUGGACCUAAGAGCUCACUGGACAGUGUUGCCUUAAAGGACAGCUUUCUGGACGAGUAAAGAAUCCUACCAAAGUGGAGGUUAAACAUAGUCCCAGACGGGAAGUGAUCCAGGAGCUUAAAUUCAGGGAGAUUUCGAGCAUAGUGAUGUGCAGAGGCCCCAAAAUGUGUUUGGACUCUUAAGCCACACUUAGAAAUUUAUAAAUAGAACUGAAUUAGAUUACAAAUUAACAAAUCAAGCAACAUUUAUUAUAGCACAUGUGCUUGUUAUGUUAUAAAAAUCUAUUUAUUGUACAAAAUGAAGACAAAUAGCAUUUGGUUCAUAGUGAAUUUGAUGAAAUGCACCUGUGCUUACUCUGCUAGGAAACCUGUGUGAGCUUGAGGGAAACUGAAUUUUUAAAAGUGCUAGGAAAAUUUAAAGGAAUAUUCCAGGUUCAAUACAAGAUAAGAUUAAUUAACUGCAUUUGUGGCAUUAUGUUGAUUUCCAAAAAUAAAUAAACAUUAUUGCAUUGAAGCAAAAACAUUUUAUGUGUUAACAUGAUUUUAGUGUGAUAAAAUCACUUACUAACUUUAUCAUGAUUUUUCACAGUAAAGUCAUGUAUAAUGUUUACAUCUUCUGGCUGUACUUUUAAAACAGUGCAUAUUUUAGCCUUUGUGGACUAGCCCCAUUAACUUCUAUUUUAAGUGCCUUACUGUAACCUUUUUUUAGAUAUAUAAACAAUGGGUUACAAGAAUUUUUUAUUCCUGAACAUUGUGCCACAAAUGUUGUUAUUUUAAUCUUAAUUAGCGUAAUUUCUGCGCCACUAGCACCACCAAAUGGAAUUGCAAAAAUAAACAGCGUUUAGAAUAGAGGUCGACCGAAAGUGGAUUUUCCCGAUACAGAUAACUAAUGCAGUGGAAUAGGCUGAUAAUCGAUUAAUCGGCCAAUAGUUUUCAAAUCAAUUAAUAGAAUAGAAAAAUAAAAACAUUUUAGUCUUUGCUUACUAUGACAGGCAAAGACAUAAGCCACAUUCACACAUGCAAUCAGGUAAAUUACAGGAAAUCAUUAGGUUGCCUUAACUGGUAAAUGUACCAAAUGUCCCGUUCACACAUGAAAAUACUUUUUUUUUCUCCCCAUUUUGAUAACAUUCACACAUCAGCACGAAAUGCCAUUAAACUACGUGACGUUUUUUGCCGGAAAUGUCCGGAACAUGGCUGUGCUGAAAAUGUGGGCUUUUAAUUUGAAAACAUGCCGGGGUUUGAUUUUGUAGCUGAACGUGUGCAAUCGGUAAUGUUGGUGUUUUUUUUUUUUUUUUUUUCUUAAAUUUUUUUGCGAAUGUUUUUCAUGUAUGCACUUGCUCGAGACUCAAUGAUACCAUAUGCAAUGACUUCAAAUGAGACUAUUGAACAUCAGAGAACAAAAUUCUGUCACUAGCAUCCGAAUGCGGAGACAUUCUAUAAGGCUAAAAACCUCAGAACUAUGUACGUAUUUCGCUACACAGAGGUCUGCGUGAAGAACGUGGGAAAUGUGGUAAGUAGUGGCUUAAGUUUCCAAAUACUUUAUGGGACUGCUAUAUAUCCAUAAGUUGCCAUAGUGAGGGGUGUCUAGAUUGCAAGCUAUUGUAAAUGUGUAUAUAAAGGGAUCAUUGCCUAAUUGCCUUUAGCCCCUCGAGCACCUUAUGUUUAAGCACUGGCUGUGAUAAUCAGUGACUUUUGUUGCUCACGAACGAGGAGAAAAUUUGUAUGAGCCUAUACGUGACUCCAACAAAACCAGAAAAAAAUGCACUUAAUGGCAUCAUCUUAACUUAUCUUAGGACCUUUAUCGCGAGCCGAUAUAUUUUUAUACCUUAGGGAUCUUUAUGCAAUGGAUAAUAUAUUAAAUAUCCGCUAUUUUACAUUAUGGGCCCUAUGAUGUAAAAAAUCUGGUGUGAAUUUGUGUUAGUUUGUGGUUUUUACAAAAACAAAGCACUUCUUUUUAUGAUUUUUAUAUAUAUAUAGAUAUAUAUAUAUAUAUAUAUAUAUAUAUAUAUAAACAGGUUAGAAAACGUGUCUCUUUCUACUGUAUAUGUGAACAUAUAUGUUUUUCUUGUCUGUGUUUAUAACUGUAUAUGCAAGUUCCAGAUAUAUGUGUGUGUGCCUAUAUGAUCUUUAUACACAUACAAGGACUUCUUUUAAUCCUGUGGAUCACUGAACAUGGCAGUUUAGGACAGAUUUCCUCAAGAUUGUGGUGUAUAAAAAUCAUGUGACCAUAAGAAUAAAUUACAAACUGCUUGUCACAUUCGUGUCAUUACUGUGUUAUCAGUCCUCUCAAAAGUGGAGAAUAAAUCCUAUAUAUUGGAUGUUUGUUUGUUUUUAUAUCAGAGAGCAGAUUUUUCUCGGUCAAAGCAAGUCAUUUUCUGUGGCUGUUUUACACAUUUUCAGGGGAGUAAUUUGGUUAUGGUCCAUUUAGAAGUUUAAAACAUUUGAAUUUGUCCUUUAAUCCUCUCUUCCAUCCACACUCCUUGUCUACCCCCCUCUAAGCAUUUAUAUUUAAUCUAGCUAUGGCAAGCUGGUUUAGCUUUUAAUGAUCCCAGCAUUACUCAUUGUACUUGCAUUUUUUACUAGUAAUAUUUCAAUUAGAGAGCACUACAAUAGAUUUUCUAGUUGUAAGAAUUCCAACUACAGAGCUUUAAAUUAGCAUUUUACUAGUAAGAAUGUUUUUACUAAACAAGAGGAUAAGUACAUCAGAGUCUUUAGUUUGAGAAAUAGACGUCUCACAUGUCCUCCGCUGACAGCUUCAUUGAAUUCUACCCGCUCAACACCAGUUUCAUGUACAAUAGUAAAGAGAAGACUCAGAGGUGCAGAACUUAUGGGAAGAAUUGCAAAGAAAAAGCCACUUUUGAAACAAAAAAACAAAAAGAAAUGGUUCAAAGAAACACAGACAUUGGACAACAGAUAAUUAGAAAAGAGUGUUAUGGAUCUUAACCCCCUUGAGCUUUUGUGGGAUCAGCUAGACUGUAAGGUGUGUGAGAAGUGCCCGACAAGACAGUCACAUCUAUGGCAAGUGCUACAGGAAGUGUGGGGUGAAAUGUCACCUGAGAUCUGGACAAGUAUAGGCCUACUACUCAAGCAUCCCGUAGUGCAUAAAAGAGAACAUAGUCAUGUGACACGUUAUGGGGCCUCCACAGUGCACUGGCCUCUCAAUCUGUCCUUGUUUAAUUGAAUGAUAAAGUUUACCCUCUUUAACUUAAUUAUGUUGAUGUAUGAAACAUGCUGUCAGCUGGAAUAAUAAAAAAUAACCACAAAAUUAACUUUAAUGAGUGAGCGCAUCUUACCAGUCAGUCAGACGCAUGUGGUAGUUCCGUUUGUUACUAUAGCAACAAAAGGCUGCUGUUGCUUUCUAGAAUCAUCAUUGACGGUAGAAAGAAAAAGAAAGAAACAAAACAUUCUAAUGGUAGUGUUGUAAAAAAUAGAACAAAACCUUAGUCACAAAAGCAGUAUUUUUGAUCCAUGUAAAAGUUCAAUUAGACAACUAGAAUGAUAGCAAAUUAUCGCAACUUGGAGUGAUAUUUACAACAAAUACACCGAUCAACCACAACAUUAAAUCCACCUUCCUAAUAUUGUCUAGGUCCCCCUCAUGCCGACAAAACAGCGCCAAACUACAAUUUUGUUAUCUCAACAAUGAUAUUCAGAGUUGGUAAAAACAUAAAAAGAUGAGAUAGUCAUGUGUUAUAUAGGCUAUAUAUAGUUGGAAAUGACUCAAUCAGUAAAAUGCAUUGCGCAAAUGUGUUUCACUCAGAUGCUAACCUGCCGUGAGUAUCAGUGUAAAUAUAAUAAACAGGAGUGUCUUUUUCCUCACGUUUUUCCUCAUUACUUCCCGAAACAUACGUAAAACUGUCAUGUGUUUACCUGUAAUUCCCUUGUUGCCCACUAGAUGUCCCCAAUUCUUGUUUUAGUUUUUUAUUCCCUUUGUGUCCUGUUUUCCCGCCUUUUUUAAUGUCAUUGCUUUCACCUGUGUCUUGUUUUGUACUAUGUAUUUAAGUUACCGCAGUUCCCUUGUUUGGCACAUGUUUUUUAUUUUUUAUUUUUUUUUAUAAAUUUGUUAGCCAUCACUAACACAUUUUUUAUUAUUUGUUGGAUUCAAAAGAUUUGUUGGACGUUUUCUUUCCCUUGUGGAUUAAGCUCUUUGAACAUCUGCCUUUUGCUCUCGACUUGGAA